AUGCAGACUAAGAUGAUUACUUUUCUGCACAGAUUUCGUCAAACUGUUCGUGUCAUUGAACGGCUCAUUAAAAAUCGCUCUCAGGCCAUAAUUCAUUAUUAUGGCGAUUACGAAGAGCCAAUUUUUUUUUCUCUUUUACCCGUCAUUUCUUUGAUGUUCUUAUAUAUUUAUCUAUUGUUCUUAAAUGUCUCAACAUUCUUUUUUUGUCUUCUCCACUCUCAAAGAUUUCAUGAGUUCAUUGUUUUUCAUUUCUUCCUUUAUUUUCCGAUUUUUAUAACAAAUUUUUCAUUUCUUUCUUUCUUAGGGUUUUUUUUUUUUUCAUUUUUUGUUUCAUUCUUUCUGUGCACGAAUGUUCUGAGUUAUUGUCAAAUAGCUGUUUUUCUUUCUUUCUUUUUUCUUUCUUUUUUUUCUUUCUUUGAUUAUUUUCCAGUUUUUCAUUCCUUCUUUUAUUUUUCUAUUUUUAUGGCUAAUUUUUCAUUUCUUUAUUUGGGUUAUUUUUUCAUUUCUUUCUUUGUGUCUUUGUGUGUGGAAUGUUCCCAGUUAUUGUCAAAUAGCUGUUCUUUCUUUCUUUCUUUCUUUCUUUCUUUCUUUCAGCCUUUCUUUCUUUCAGUCUUUCUUUCUUUCUUUCAGUCUUUCUUUCUUUAUUUCUUUAUUUCUUUCUUUCCCUUUCUUGUUAUUUUUGCUCCAUCUCUUUUCUUUCUUUUCUUUUUCUUUAUUCUCUUCUUUCUUUCUUUCUUUCUUUCUUUCUUUCAGUCUUUCUUUCCUUCAGUCUUUCUUUCUUUCUUUCAGUCUUUCUUUCUGUCUUUCUUCCUUUCUUUCUUUCAGUCUUUCUUUCCCUUUCUUCCUUUCAGUCUUUCUUUCUUUCUUUCUUUCUUUCAGUCUUUUUUCUUUCUUUCUUUCCUUUUUUUGUUAUUUUUGCUCCAUCUUUUUUCUUUUCUUUUUCUUUAUUCUCUUCUUUCUUUCUUUCUUUCUUUCUUUCAGUCUUUCUUUCUUUCUUUCUUUCUUUCAGUCUUUCUUUCAGUUUUUCUUUCUUUCUUUGUUUCUUUCAGUCUUUCUUUCUUUCUUUCCCUUUCUUGUUAUUUUUGCUCCAUCUCUUUUCUUUCUUUUCUUUUUCUUUAUUCUCUUCUUUCUUUCUUUCUUUCUUUCUUUCUUUCUUUGUUUUCUUUCUUUCUUUCUUUCUUUUCCCUUUUUUCUUGUUUUUUUGCUCCAUCUUUUUCCUUUCUUUUUUUUUAUUUCUCUUUCUUUCUUUCUUUCUUUCUUUCUUUCAGUCUUUCUUUCUUUCUUUCUUUCUUUCUUUGCUUAUUUUCCACUUUUCCAUUUUCCCGAAUCUCUUUCUCUAUCAUUUCAUGUUCUUCGAUGUUUCUGUAUAGCUUUUCUCUUCCUCAACUUUGUCCUACCAGAGUAUCUCUGUAUAGCCUUUCCCCUUCCUCAGUCUUCCUUGACUUUCUCCUUUUAAUUAAACUCUUUGACUAUCAUUUCCCGUUUCUCAAUGUUCUCUUUUAUGUUUUUAAACCUACCCCCUCUCUCUCUCUCUCUCUCUCUCUCUCUCUCUCUCUCUAUUUUCCUUUCUUUAUACAUCUUUCUUUUCGUCUGUUUCUUUCCUUAGCAUCUUUGUCUAUAAUUUCUCCUUUCUCUUUGUGUUUUUUACUUCUUAAAAACUUUUCUUUAGGCCUUCUCCUUACUCAAGGUUUUGUCUUUCAUUUUUCAUGCUUAAUAUCUUUGUCUGUCCUUUCUCUUUCCUCAAAAUUCUUUCUCCUUCUUAAAUGUCGUAUAUUUUUUCUUUGUUCGCCAUAUUGUUUUAAAAUCCAGUCUUUCUCAAUCUUUUGUCGUGCAAUAUUCUACUUUCCAAUAUCUAUUUCUCGUCUCUCUGUUCCCUUAAUAUCUUCUUCCUCAAUGUCUUUAUUUAGUUUUCUGUGCCAUUCCUCGUUGUUUUUUGUGGUCUCUUUCUUCUUAUUUCAUCUAUUUCACAUUGCUCAGACCUUUCUACUUCUUCAUUGUAUCUAUCUCGUCUUUCGCCUUCCUCGAUGUCUCUAUGUAACCUUACGCCAUGCUUGGUAUCCUUUUGAGUCCGUUCUCCUUCAUCAUUGUCUUCUCUCUCUCCCCCCUUGCUCCCCCCUCUCUCUCACUCAUUGA